AUGGAAUCCCUCCCCGUCUCCAGGAAAAGCACGACCCGUGCCGGGCGCCGGCAGAACCAGCAAGUGCUCGAAAUGCACCGUCUCGAAGACUUUCCGCUGUGCGCCUGGAUUCUGACAAUCAUCACGUAUAUUGUGGUCGGGCUGACGUUGCCCUUCUCCGCGUGUCUUUUCAUUAAGGUGGUACAAGAAUACGAGCGCGCCGUUGUCUUUCGCCUUGGUCGUCUGAUGCCCGGUGGGGCAAAAGGGCCAGGCAUAUUCUUCAUCAUGCCCUGUAUAGACUCGUAUAAGAAAAUUGAUCUCAGGGUCGUGUCCUUUGAUGUGCCGCCGCAAGAGAUCUUGUCAAAAGACUCGGUGACGGUGGCUGUGGAUGCUGUCGUCUAUUUUCGAAUAUCAAAUGCAACAAUUAGCGUUACCAACGUAGAGGACGCGAGCAGGUCGACAAAACUGUUGGCGCAGACGACGUUGAGGAAUAUUUUGGGCACGAGGACUCUGGCGGAAAUGCUGUCCGAUCGCGAGAACAUUUCCCACCAGAUGCAGCUGACCCUCGACGAGGCUACCGAUCCGUGGGGUGUCAAGGUGGAGCGGGUAGAGGUGAAGGACGUCCGACUGCCCGUGCAACUGCAAAGGGCUAUGGCCGCUGAAGCCGAGGCGACACGAGAAGCCGGUGCCAAGGUAAUCGCCGCCGAAGGAGAACAAAAAGCUUCGCGCGCUCUCCGUGAAGCAGCAUCUGUAAUCGCCGAGAAUCCGUGCGCCAUUCAAUUAAGAUACCUACAGACGUUGAAUAGUAUCAGUGCCGAGAAGAACUCGACCAUCAUCUUCCCAUUUCCCAUCGAGUUGCUCCAGAAUUUCCUCGCCAAGGCGCCGAGCAGCAACAAAUUACCAGGGAAAAUGAGC